CCCUCCCAAUCAUGUGACUCAGGUGUUCCAAUCCCCUCCAUAUCAUGUGAUUCAGGUGUUCCAAUCCCCUCCCAAUCAUGUGAUUCAGGUGUUCCAAUCCCCUCCCAAUCAUGUGAUUCAGGUGUUCCAAUCCCCUCCAAAUCAUGUGAUUCAGGUGUUCCAAUCCCCUCCAUAUCAUGUGAUUCAGGUGUUCCAAUCCCCUCCAUAUCAUGUGAUUCAGGUGUUCCAAUCCCCUCCAUAUCAUGUGAUUCAGGUGUUCCAAUCCCCUCCCAAUCAUGUGAUUCAGGUGUUCCAAUCCCCUCCAUAUCAUGUGAUUCCGGUGUUCCAAUCCCCUCCAUAUCAUGUGAUUCCGGUGUUCCAAUCCCCUCCAUAUCAUGUGAUUCAGGUGUUCCAAUCCCUUCCAUAUCAUGUGAUUCAGGUGCUCCAAUCCCCUCCAUGGACACAGGUGUAUACAAUCAAGCCCCUAGGCAUGCAGACGGCUUCUACAAACCCAUGCCGUCAUUG